UGUUGUUAAAUGCUUUGUUGUUAAAUCUUUAAAAGCAUUCUGAAAUUUUUUUGCUAACUAGCAAAUUAAUUAUAUGUUAUAAUAAUCCAUCAUAUGUUUCUUUAGCCCAACAAAGUAUCUACAAAAAUGUCAGUCUUGGAUCAGUUAAAGAUAUUUACCACUGUCGUUGCUGAUACUGGAAAUUUUCAAGCUAUUGAUCAAUACAAACCAACAGAUGCCACAACCAAUCCAUCGUUAAUCCUGCAAGCUAGCCAAAUGCCUGAAUAUAAAAAGUUAGUUGAUGAAGCUGUCAGUUCUGCAAUAAAGGAAACAAAAGAUGAAAAUGAUCAAGUAACAUUGGCAAUUGAUAAACUGUUUGUAAAGUUUGGGCUUGAAAUUUUAAAAAUUGUUCCUGGAAGAGUUUCAACUGAAGUUGAUGCAAGACUGUCAUUUGACAAAGAAGCCCAAAUUGAAAAAGCUCGCAAGCUCAUCAGCAUGUAUGAAAAAGAAGGUAUCAAUAAAUCGCGUGUGCUUAUCAAACUUAGUUCCACAUGGGAAGGUAUUCAGGCUGCUAAAGUACUUGAAUCAGAGUAUGGGAUUACAUGUAAUUUAACAUUGCUAUUUAACUUUGCUCAGGCUGUUGCUUGUGCUGAAGCAAAUGUAACCUUGAUUUCUCCUUUUGUGGGUCGAAUUUAUGAUUGGUAUGUUAAAAACACAGGACAAAAAACUUUUGAGCCAAAAGAAGAUCCUGGUGUAAAAAGUGUGACAUCAAUUUACAACUAUUAUAAGAAAUUUGGAUAUAAAACUAUUGUCAUGGGGGCAUCUUUUAGAAACAUAGGACAAAUAAUAGCGUUAGCAGGAUGUGAUAACCUCACAAUAUCGCCAGAACUUUUAGAACAAUUAAAUAAAUCGACUGAUCAUCUUACGAAAACAUUAAGUGUAGAAAAAGCUCAAGAACUUGAGCUUGAAAAAGUUUCUCUCGACGAAAAGCAAUUUCGCUGGUUACUUAAUGAAGAUGCUAUGGCAACAGAAAAGUUAGCUGAAGGAAUAAGAAAAUUUGCCCAAGAUUCUUUAAAACUGGAGUCGCACCUUCGUGAGCUCAUUAUCUCUCAUAAGUCUAAUUAAGCGACUGAAGUUUAAAAAAAAAUGUUUUUUCUAUUUAUAAAAUCGUAAUUUUGACGUUUUUUUAGUGUUAAUAUUUUUUUAAUAGUUGCAUAUUUAUUUACUUUAUCACGGUUAAAGGUAUACAAUAGACAAUAGGAUGGUCUAAAAUGUUCAAUAAUUUUGAUAAAGAUAUUUAUUAAAAUAUUUUUUUAAAACUAACCUUGUUUAAAACUAAGCCUUUAAUAUAACUAACCUCUCCGAACCAUAUUUUAACGAAUCUAUAAAUAUUUUUUGUCAGUAGUUAAAAACUUUGUAAUGUUGUUAAUUACUUGCAAUGUAAAAAUAUCGGGUAUUUAUUA